ACAUUUUUGUCCAAAAACUUUAUAACACUGCGAACCAAUCUUUUAAAUCUAAAAAAUAAUUUAUUUUUCCAUGUCUUUAAAUUUCUCUAACUUUAGGAGAAGUAUAGUUCCUCUUAGAAAAUAUAUUGGAGAAGUUUCAAGUUCUGGUUCUUGGGACGGGUCGGAGAUAAACCAUCUUUCUCUCAAGGUUCAAAGAUUUUGUCAAGAUGCGCUAAUCUCAUUCCCUAAAUCUUUGGCGGUCUCAGGACGCAGCCCAAGGUUUCAUGAGACCUUAAAGAUAAGCGUGGAAAAUAUAGUUCUCAUCUUCCUUCAUGAUUUACUCUGGGCGCUAGUGUGCAGUAUCCACAGGGACCAGGAUACUAGGAUACAUUCCUUACUCACAUCAUUAUACAGACAAGGUUUGGGAGGUCGAGGCCGGGCUGGACGAGGUUUAGAACUCCGUGAAGAGCUCUGUGUUCCUCUCCCUGCAGCACUAGUUGAACUCUCAGCUCUAGAUCAAGCAAAUACACCACUGGACAGGUUAACAGUUAUCCAUGAUACAGUUAACCAGCUACAUGCACAUGUCAGGGAGUACCUGGAGAAAACGAACCCAAAACAAGGAUAUUCAUCCUAUCCGUCCCAACAGGAGGAAACUGUUCUACUCUCAACACUAAUAAUUCAAUCCAGGCUGCGCCAUAUUUGCUCAACGAUUUUCUACAUUAAACAUUUUGGAUUCUCAUCUCCUUCAACUCUAGUUUAUUCCUUCCAGACCUUCCAGUGUUCUAUAGAGUAUCUGGAGAAGCUAGACAACAGAACCAAACCUACCCAGCCCCCGGGACUAAAACUGGAAGAUCUAAUCAGGAUAGCUGACAGAUUAGAGAGAAGGAAAAGUGAGGAACUGGAGAUAUUAACGAACCCUGUACAAGAGCUGUACUUCAGGGAUCUGAUUCAGAGACUUGAGCUUUGCUCUAUGGAGCUCACCAAGACACAGGAGGAACAUUGGACCAGGUUGGGACGUGAAGUAUCUGAGACUGAUGAGGAAGGAAGAAAAGAGGAUAGAUCCCUUCUAUCUUUACUCCAUCAGAAACUGUUGUGCAAUAAAACCAUCCUGGAGAAUGGUUAAAGAACUGACUGCAAAUUUGAAAUUGUUGUAGUCAUGGUUUAAAAAAUACGCAAUUUGGGACCGAAUAUAAUGAAUUUUGGCUAGGCCGCUGAACUACUUUCCGUCCUUUCAAAUUUAUUGUUUAUAGAUAAAAAUUACAUUUCAGAACUGCAAUAUUUUCAUCGUAAUUCAUUAAAUUUGGUCUCAGCAUGCUUUAUACUGCAUGCUUUAUACUGCAUGCUUUAUGCUGCAUGCUUUAUGCUGCAUGCCCAACUUGUACCGUCUUCUUGUCUAUACAGACCUUUACAGAAUGAAAAACAGUAUAAAAUUAUUUAACACUUGAUAGUAUACUACCAAAAAUCAGUAUUAGAAACUUUUCAUAUAAGAAUUUAAUUUAUGAAGUUUUAGAAUUUAUAAAAGUUUAUUAAAACCUUUACAUAC